AUGACCACGCCAUUCCCCUACACCUUUUACUCGUGUCCCUGCGUCGACACGUCCAGCCCGGCCGCCAGCACGCUGCGCGAGAAGCGCGCGUCGCAGUACUCCAGCCGCGGCGAGGAGGAAGAGCGCACCUUUGACCCGCGUUCGCCGCGCGCCGACUACUCGCUGUACCCGCUGGAGCACCUGCUGUACUGCGAGGACUGCCACCAGAUCCGCUGUCCGCGCUGCGUGAGCGAGGAAGUCAUCACCUGGUUCUGCCCCAGCUGUCUGUUCGAGGUGCCCAGCAGCAACAUCCGCAGCGAUGGCAACCGCUGCAUGCGCAGCUGCUACAACUGCCCCGUCUGCACCUCGCCCAUGGUCGUCAACUCGCUCGACUCGGACAACGAGAAGCACCUGCGCCUGGGCGAGGAUGGCGAGGCCGUCCAGCCCCCCGGCCCCUUUUACCUCUCCUGCCCUUACUGCCAGUGGAGCACGCUGGAGACGGGCGUCGAGUUCGAGAAGCCCAACAACAUCUCGGCCCAGCUGGCGCGCCUGCAGAACGGCGGCAAGGCCGUGUCGACGCUAAAGGAGCGGGAAAAGGCGCGCGACAAGCGCAAGGACGCCGAGGAGAACGGCAAGAAGCUCGACUCGGAGGACGACGCCGAUGACGACCAGCCAUUGGAUCACGACAUGCGCUUCUCCAACAUCAAUGCCUACUACAAGUCCCAGCUGCAGUCGGACACUAACACGGGGCCGUACGGUGGCGGCGACUACGGCUACGGCUACGGCAACCCCACCGCCCUGUCCCGCAUCAUGAGCCUGUACAGCAGCACGGGCGGCAAGAAGGCCAAGAAAGACAAGCCCACGGCCAUGCGGGAAGCGUACGGCAGCGACGAGGGCGUAAAAGUGUACGACCCGACGGACGAGGAAGACGCCAUCAUGCGGAUGCGAGCAGGCGGGUGGGAGGGGACAGUGAGCUUCGAGCAGCGCCAAACGCAACAGCACGACGACGCACGCUUCACGUCGGAGCUGCGGCCGGUGCCGACACUGCUGCGCACGAAGCGGGCCAAGCGGUGCCGCACCUGCCGCCACAUUCUCGCGCGGCCCGAGACAAAGGUCUCGUCGUCGCGCUACAAGAUCAAGCUGCUCGCGCUCAACAACAUCCCCCACAUCACGCUGCGCGCCCUCCCCAUUGUCUCGAACCCCGUGCCCGGCUCGCCGCUGCCCUCGGCCCAGCUGCCCUUCGACUACAACAAGCUGCAGCCCUUCAUGGCCAUUCCGUUCUUACUCACCAUCCGGAACCCGCUCUUCGACCCCAUCAAAGUGCACCUCGCGACCCCGGCCCUCACGCCCGGCCGCAUCGCCAGCAAAGUCACAGUGCUGUGCCCGGAGUUCGAAGUCGGCGCCAACACGGACGUCUGGGACGAAGCGCUAACGGGGAGCACGACGACGGCGCAACGGCGGGCGCAACCCGCAUCCAGCGUCGACCUCGGCGCCAUAAACCCCAGCACGCAAGCCGAAGCCGGCAAAGUGUGGGAGCGGGGCCGCAACUGGACGAGCGUCGUGCUCGAAGUCGUGCCCGACCGCGCCGAGGACGCCGAGCUCGACGGCGGCCUCGACGCCGACGAAGACAUCCUCGAGAUCCCCGUCUUCGUGCGCAUCGAGUACGAGACGGACGCCGCGGCCGAGGAGGUGCGCGAUCGCGGCGAGCGCGACCGCGCUGCUGGCGACGGCCGCGUUACCCGCGAGGAGGCCUUCUGGUGCGUCCUUGGUGCUGGCAGGAUCGGGACGUUGCCGAAGCUGGGUUGA